AUGAGACGAACAGUACCCACAGGGAGACGACGAGCAGAAGAAGCCGACACCAGCCUCCCUAUUCGUGCAGCACGUCACGACAACGCCGCAACAUCACGACGCCGCUGCACCCCGGAAGCAUCGCGACGCCAUUCGCGCAGCAGUGUCGACAGCACCGCUCAAUUGAAUUUGAAGAUAGGCGAAAUGUGGAAAAGGGGAAAGAAGAGGGACGAAGAGGAGGCACUCUCCGAAGGUGACGAGCCUCCGAAAAAGUCAUCUAAGCCUUCAGCCGCUGCGGUCGAUAACGAUUCUGAUGAAUCUGAUAAUAUAGUCGUGUGCGAGCUUUCCAAGAAUCGAAAAGUGUCGGUGAGAAACUGGAAUGGGAAGGUUGUGGUUGAUAUUAGAGAGUUCUAUUAUAAAGAUGGCAAGGAAAUGCCCGGCAAAAAAGGUAUUUCACUAACCAUGGAUCAGUGGAAGGUACUUAGAGAUCAUGUGGAUGAAAUCAACCAAGAGGUUGCUGAGAAUUAA